CAGCGAUACCUGAAACAACAAACAUUGAUUCCCCGUACACGAUGUGCGGAGGGAAGUUCGCCACCAACGACCGCGGCAAGCAGCGUCCCGGCCAAGCCCUGUCGGCGGCGGCGGGGAAGGCGAAAAUGCGCGGCAGCUGGACGACGGAUGAGGAUUCUGACGACUGGGAGGCCGCCUUCCGGGAGUUCAUGGCCGCCGACGACGGCGACGUCCGCAAUGAGCCGCUCCCCACAGGCAUCAUGGCAUCCUGCGAGCUAUACCGCUCGCCGGCCAUGGCGAGGCCGAAGCGGCGCAGGGCGAGCCCUAGCCACCCGUACCGCGGCAUCCGGCAGCGGGCGUGGGGGAGGUGGUCGGCGGAAAUCCGCGACCCCAUCAAGGGCGCUCGCGUCUGGAUCGGCACCUUCGACACGGCCGCGGAGGCCGCGCGCGCCUACGACGCCGAGGCGCGGCGCAUCCACGGUAGAAAGGCCAGGACCAACUUCCCUGCAGCGCCGGCGGCGCCGUGCAGCCAUCGUCCUGGGCCGUCUUGUUGCAGCACCGAUGACGGCGCCGACAACGUGGCCCGUGCGACGGAGAGCGCCUCGUCGUCGUCCAAGCAUGUCCACGGGAUUGCGCCUUCCGACGCGCGCAUACUGCUGGAAUGCUGCUCGGACGACGUCAUGGAGAGCCUCCUCGCCGGCUCCGACAUGGCCGGCAACAUGGACCUCCCGGAGCUUCCGGUUCCCGAGCUAACAAUAACACAUGCAUCCGGUAGCAAUUUUGUUAAAAACACUUUGUAUGAAACAUACACGUAAGUGCCCUAGACCCAGCCGCCGGGGGCGCACACUCCCUCCUCCCCUCCCUCCGCCGCCGUUGGGGGACGUCGCUGGUCUAAGCCCGAGGGCCGACGGCGGUGGCGGAGGACAUCGCCUCUCUCCCGCCGAUCUGGGGUUGUGCGAGGCCCCAAAUCAUGUGGAGGUGCGCCCGAUCCGAUCGGCAACGACGAUGGUUGUGGCGCGGCGGCGUCGGAGGCGGCACGGGCUGCGGACGCGACGGCCAGCCUUGUUCAGGCGGCAGCGGCGGCGCGCCAUCUCCUUUGGAUCGGCGGCGGCGGCAUGGAGGGCCUGGUGGUCGCGUCGGCGGCACCUCCGAUCAGAUCUGUUCUACCGGUGCACUCGGCGGUGAUGGUCAUCUCUUUCGUCAGGGGCGGUCGGCCUGCGGCUGGGUGGUCGGAUCUCGAGGUUCGUCAUCUAGUCCCGGCUACGAGUCACGAAGACAUAGUUGCCGGUGAAAACCAAGCUGUUGGCGGGCGAUGAUGGCGUUUUGCGCCGUUAUCUUGAUGAAGUCAUCGUCGUGUAACUGUUGUCGACUCACUCAUGCUGCUUCGGGGGAAACCCUAGGAUCUGGUCUUACAGUCGGCCGAUGGCGGUAUUAUGGUAUCGUUUCUCUCUUGGGAGCAUCGUUUGUGGAGCAGCGCUGGAAGACAGAGGCAGGCGGUGGAGUGACUUCGUCUUGCAUGGAGCUUCGGUGGAGCUGUCAAGUCAUGCCUGACCGAUAGGUGCUACGCUGAGUCAUGCCUGGUUGGCAGGUGCUACGCACGACAGAUCUUCUAGAGUCUUCGCGUCUGGACGGACGAGCAUAGGGCGAUGGUGCCGUUGGGCGCCGUGGUGGUGUCGACGGAUGUCCGGAUUGGCAAGGUUGAUGCGGAUCUCUCUCCAGAAGAUGAGUCAGUGAUCUGAUGAUGAUGUCGGCUUCUAAAACGUGUGAAUGUGGUGUGCGCUUUAGGCAAGCUGCACCGGCUGUUUAUUCUGAAUUUCUGAUACAUUAUGUGGAUGGAUAGGCGACGACACCGAUUUAGAUAUAAGGAGUGAGAGCACUCUGCGUUAUCGAGUUGUAGGUGUG